UGCGGCAGCCGCAGCGCCGGCCACGGCUCCGGCUCUGGCUCCCGGGUAUUUAAAGGGGACGCAGCGGCGGCCUGGGGGGAUGGGGGGCAGGUGGAGAGGACGGCCCAGACGCGCAUCAUCCAGGGCCCCUUGGGACUGGAGUGACUCGUGAGCAGGAGCCCAGAAAGCCGGGGGUGGAUAAGACAUCGCGUCCCCUCCAAUCCUCCUGCCACCUCUUUGCCCAUUGAGGAUCCCCUCGCAGUUUGUCCACCCAGGCAGGACAAGCCCAGAGGUGGCUCCCGGUCCCAGCUUCCUCACUGGCACCAGGGCUUCACUGGCACCAGGGCUUCAGUCAGGGCCCAAGGGAUUCCCCAGGGCAAUAGGCCUGGGAGAAGCUCAGAGGUCUUGUCCCCUUUUCCUCUGAGGGACUCUUUCUGGUGUCCACAGAAGGAUUUGAUCACUCAGGACAAAGCUGCUAGAGGAGCUCUGGAGGACCGCUGAAGGCCAACAGUCCCUACAGGUGGCACCCAGGGUGAUGUACUGACAAUGAGCGGGUGUUUUCCAGUUGCUGGCCUCCGAUGCCUGUCUAGGGUAUGGCGCGGCCUGGCUCGGGAGGCUCCUACUUCCCCAAGCCCCACCGCUUCUGCUGCUGCCCACUUGCUUCGGACUCUGGCAGAAACCCCACCCGCUGACACGUUCCUCCCAGGGAAUUGGUCUUGGAUGUGCCAGCGCCUCUGGCUGUGGCCCGCUAACCAGCCUCUCCCGGGCCGGCUCCCGCCGCGCCCCCUCUCGCUUGCUCCCUCCUCCUCCUCCUGCUCCUCUCUCCCCCGCUCCCAGGACAGCGGGAUGGCCGCGCAGAGCGCGCCGCGCUUCCUGCUGACCUUCGACUUUGACGAGACCAUCGUGGACGAGAACAGCGACGACUCGAUCGUGCGCGCCGCGCCAGGCCAGCGGCUGCCGGAGAGCCUGCGAGCCACCUACCGCGAGGGCUUCUACAACGAGUACAUGCAGCGCGUCUUCCAGUACCUGGGCGAGCAGGGCGUGCGGCCGCGGGACCUGCGCGCCAUCUACGAGGCCAUCCCCCUGUCGCCGGGCAUGGGCGAGCUGCUGCAGUUUGUGGCCAAGCAGGGCGCCUGCUUCGAGGUUAUUCUCAUCUCAGACGCCAACACCUUCGGCGUGGAGAGCGCGCUGCGCGCCGCCGGCCACCACGGCCUGUUCCGCCGCAUCUUCAGCAACCCGUCGGGGCCCGAUGCGCGGGGGCUGCUGACGCUGCGGCCCUUCCACACGCACAGCUGUGCGCGCUGCCCCGCCAACAUGUGCAAGCACAAGGUGCUCAGCGAUUACCUGCGCGAGCGGGCCCGCGACGGCGUGCACUUCGAGCGCCUGUUCUAUGUGGGCGACGGCGCCAACGACUUCUGCCCCACGGGGCUGCUGGCGGGAGGCGAUGUGGCCUUCCCGCGCCGCGGCUACCCCAUGCACCGCCUUAUCCAGGAGGCGCAGAAGGCCGAGCCCAGCUCCUUCCGCGCCGCCGUGGUGCCCUGGGAAACGGCCACUGACGUGCGCCUCCAUCUGCAACAGGUGCUGAAGACGUGCUAAGGACGCGGCCUGCAGGGGCUCCCGGGCGGGGAAGGGGGGCGAGGGGGCUGGGGAUCCGGAAAGACAAACCUAGUUUUAUUACUCCCUUUCCCUUUCGCUUUGGUAUGUCCCUCCGGGAAUUUCCGGAAUUCCAGGCUCGUCCCUUUGGGGGCUGGGGGAGGGAGUCCAGAGCCGUCCCCAUCUAUGCAGUUAGCCCAGCUCAGCUUCCUCCCCUACUUCCACUGCAAUAACGUUCUGGAGUCUGGCGCCACUGGGGUGGUGAGCAUACCUGGGCAGGCAGCAGUGUUUCCAAAACCCCUGUCCUCCGAAAUGGGAGGAAGGGGGUCCCCUGGCAGAUGAGAGAAGGAACAUCUCCCACUGCCUUAACUGCUGCCUUAGGCUGCAUGACCUCCCUCCCCCAGUUUUCUGUCAAGCGGAUCCAGGUCCCAAAUUCCCGCAGUUGCACCGGACUUCCGCGGAGAGAGACGGCUUUCUCAGACAACGAUCCCAAGCCUAGAUCUUGCUUCACCUACCACGACCCCACACUACACACCUUUUCUUCUUGCCUCCCUUCUCCUGACCAUCCCGCCAGCAUCCCCACAGGAAAAAAAGCCAGAGGGAACAGACACCUCCUCGUGGUGGGACGAGGUAGCACACUGUCCUGCUCGGGUCCAGCCAGCCAGGGACCUUGCAGCUCGCGCAACAGUGUCUCCUCGCACCCCAGCCUCGUCUAUGCAGCAAGAGACCAGGGACUUACACCAAAGUCGCCCCGUCGGCUGGGCCCUCUGAGCCCCUCUCCUCCCGUAUGGAACAGAAAGCCAUGAUGUUUUAAAGCAGAGCCAGCGAAACCCAAGCCCCUCCUCCCUCUCUGGUAUUUCAGAGCUAUAAAGGAGGCGAAGGGGAA